GCGGGGCCCCGCCCGGGGCCGGGGGCGGAGCCGCCGCUCGUCAGAGCCGGGCCCGGCGGGGCGGUGCCGUGCGUGGUGGCGUCAGUGCGGGGGGGCGGCCCUGCUGAUGGCCGAGGGCGGUGGGCCAUGGCCUCGUCCGUGGUGCGCGCCACGGUGCGCGCCGUCAGCAAGCGCAGGAUCCAGGCGACCCGCGCCGCUCUCACCCUGACCCCAUCUGCUGUUCAGAAGAUAAAAGAGCUUCUGAAAGAUAAACCUGAGCAUGUGGGUGUGAAAGUGGGUGUUCGUACAAGGGGAUGCAAUGGACUUUCUUACACAUUAGAGUAUACAAAAUCAAAAGGAGACUCUGAUGAAGAAGUAGUUCAAGAUGGGGUUAGAGUGUUUAUUGAGAAGAAGGCACAGCUGACACUUCUAGGAACUGAAAUGGACUAUAUAGAAGAUAAGCUGUCGAGUGAAUUUGUUUUCAAUAAUCCAAACAUCAAAGGAACAUGUGGCUGUGGAGAAAGCUUUAACAUCUGAAAUCUCAGGACUACUUCUUUGACUUUGAACAGCCCAAAACACAUACUAUUACAACAUUCAGAAGCAGAUGUGUUUCCUUCAGGUUCGUAGCCUGUGUAAAGUGGGGAUACUCUUAAGAAAAAUAAAUAAUUUUGAAAAUGUAAGUUGUGUGGUAAGUUCCACCACUGAUGUAGUUAUCCUGUAAUUUGUGAUGAGUUGGGAUCUAAAAGGUAAGAACAGUAAGUGCUGCAAGUAACAUCUCUGUACUUCCACUUGCCAAGGAAAUAAAAUCUCACUGUUCUUUUCCUUUGUCAUUUUCUUUAUCCAUCUUACUCAUACUUGCCCAUCCAAAACCCAUUUGAAAGAAUACACUGUGUUCUGCUUUGAUUCGAAGAAAACAAACAAACAAAUGAACAAAAAAACCCAACCAUUUGUGUGUGUGUUUAUAGAAAUUUAUAUAUACAGGCACACAGUCCUUGCUUGCUUUAUAGUUUUCUGAUGCUUUCAUCCUUUUGCAAGUGCAUUUCUGAUGGUUUAUUUGCCCUUAAAUCCAGGGAAAUAGAAGUGUUGUUCAUGUAUUAAUAUAGUGGUUACACUGCAUGUAGAAAUGCUUUGAAGAGGGCUAGCCUAAAUUUAGUUUUUUCCUUUCCUUGUUGAAGGCACAGUCUCUGCUGUACUUGGUCAUUUUCAAAACAAGAAAUAUUUAGGCACUGGAGGACUAAAUCGCGAUACAUGUGGGCCUUGUUUUUCACACUUCUGUUGUUUGUCGUUCCUCAAUUAAAUUGCAAAGUUGGUAAAA